AGAGAAAAAAAAAAAAAAAAAAUAUUUUUCUUUCUUAGACGAAAAUUGUCCUCGAUUUUGAGUUGUUUGUUAAAUAACUUCUAAAAAUGGCUAAACCUAAACCGGCAGAUGCGUCCGAAGAUGCGAAGAAAAUUGUAGACGAUGCAAAAAAUUUUAUUGAGAAAGCUAUAGCAGACAUUGGAAAAACCUCCGCAACAAAACAGCUAAUUUUAGGAACUGCGUCUGGAUGGAUCACCGGAUUCAUAACUAUGAAGAUUGGUAAAAUUGCAGCAGUUGGCCUUGGAGGCAGUGUGAUACUACUACACAUUGCUAGUCAGAAAGGAUACAUCGACAUUAACUGGGAUAAAAUCAACAAGAAGGUUGAUAAAAUUAGUGACAAGAUUGAGAAAGAAACAACAGGCCGGUCUCCUGACUGGUUUGAGAAAGUGGAAAGGUUUGUUGAUCGUAAAUUAGAUAAAGCUGAAGAUUUAAUAAAGAAGAAGGAAGUGAAGGCUAAACGCUGGUACCAUAAUUUCACUGGAGAUGAGGAUUACCAUGCCACAGAGAGCCAUGUGUUUUUCACCUCAUUUGUAGCUGGCAUUGCUAUUGGAAUGCUUUGUGGCAAAUAAAGUCUUCCACUGUCACUUAUCGUUAUAAUCUUCAGUAUUUUCAUUGUAAAAUUGAUUAGGCUUAGGAAUUAACUUUUUGUCUUGUGUAUUUAAUGUAUCUAGUAGGAUUAAAUUACUUUAUUUCCAAUAUAAACAUUAAAUAUGGUAAUAUAUUGUGUAUGAAUCAAAAUUGUCCGAAUGAGUAUAUGAAGCAUCAGUAUAAUAUCCAAUUUUAGAUUUAGUUAAUGUAUCUUAUAUUAUUUUUAUCUUGGAAAAAUGUCUUCAUAGAAAUAUAGUGUUACAAAGUU